GGUCGAGUACAUGUUGGAAAAGGCUUCCCACAUGGGUCAAAUCCAGCGGUGCAUGUUGCCACAUUGAAGAUUUUAUCUGUCAACCUGUCAAGCUACGGUUUUACCCAAUAUCAGUACAAUACCGGUACCCCCUUCCACAUUUCAGGCCAUCCCAAUCGCCGCCUAUCUUCAUCCCCUUGUUUCCACAGGAGAUUCACCAACAGCAAAGUCAGACUACGAGCACCCUAUUGUGCUGCUCCGGGUACCGGAUUAUCUGUCCCUACUACUGCCCCCUACUCCACCGGUACUCGCUUUCCCUCUCCCCCUGCCCGUAUCGGUCUCCUCCGUCCCUCACAACCCGGUCUGCAGAGCGUAGCCAGUGGUCGUGAUCCUAUAUCCGCCAGCACUGUGGAUGUCGUACCGUUGCGAUUCUCUGCUGGUUGCUUUUGCUACCUCUUCCCCUUUCUCCAAUUUUCCAUUUAUUUUUUUGCUACUUUUCCCUUUCCUUAACAAACAGGGAGCGUCCUUGGGUCUGAGCCAACUCUCCCCUCUCCUGGAGUUUUCGGCAAACCCUUCUGCAGCUUCCCCAUCUUUACAGUAGCUCCCGACCUCCUGCCAUCCCCUUGCCCCGGCCAUACACAGACCACCGCUCCACACCACACAGUCAACCCCAGCCAUCAUCCAUCUACUCGACCGCAAAAAUCGCCCGUCCACGAUCCCGCGACGCUGUUUGUUCUGGGACUUCGCCUCCCAGACACAGAGCACCGCAUCUACUCACCAUCCUACCACUUCUACGCCCACGCAUGCAAUACACACACACGCACCACCUCACAACCUAGUAAGUUACCACAGAACUCCUGGACCCUCGCUCCCUACAACCAUCUCGCCCUACCUUACCCUAACCCGCCGCCACGCCUCCCCGGAUCGCCAAAGAAAUUUUGGAUCAUCCCUUUUUCAUCGUGCUUGUGUUUGCUCCCUACUCGUACUGUACCUGUUGCCCACACACCCCUACCCACCUUCCACCCGAACACAUUUCCCCCCUUCGUUCCUCCGAAAAAUAAAUAAAAUACCAGUGGCUGUCCCCUUUUCUCCCUCUUAUAUCAAACAUCGAUACCAUACCCCCCCCCCCCCCCUCGUUUUACACAAACUUCUACAUCAUAUCACCCUCCCUCAUAACUUUGAACCCAGACACCCACAUCUUUAUACUCUACCCCGCUGACAGAUAUUGUUGCUUCUGCUACCUGAAGAUUAUAAUAUCUUGUCUUCCCUUGUGUAACCUAUGCCCCCCCGACCUUGGGCGUGUUUCUCUAACGCACCAGUCAGAUUUGCCAGCCACAAUCCGCAAACCCAGCUCGGAGACGUGCACGACCGAGCAAACAACCCGACCCUCGAAUAUUCCCCCCUUGUGGCUCUAACUAAAUUAUCCUCUCCUCAGCCUUUUUGCCGACAGACAAACUCAUUCCGUCUUGAACUCCCUUGAUCCGGCCGCGCACAUUCGCGUGCGGUUACAUAGCAGCGUAUGACCGCCGUGGCUCAGCCGCCGAAUUUCCAUUCUGUUCCCAGGUCAUGGAAUGGGGGUGGGCAAAGUAACCUCAAUUCGAUGACCCACGACGACGUUGCGCGCAUCUUCACCAAGGGCCAGCGCCCAUCCAGUGUGUCUUCGGCCUCUUCCUCAACUUCCGGCACAUCCAACGGUUCCGAGACUCCAAACGGCAGUUGGGGAAACUCCGUCAACGGGAAAAAAAAGGGGGUUAGUCGCGCUGCUGCUAGGGGUGCGAACACCGCCUGGGCUGCAAAACCCGAUAUAAUGAGGGUGCCCGGCGGUUCAAAUCAGGCGCAGGGAGGCUCGUUGACGGGUUCUAAUUCAUCCAUCAAUGGCAACCACCAAACGAUGCCCAUCCUGCCAUCUCAACAUAUUGUGUCUGGUCAGACACAACAAAAUGGUGGCUCGCUUCCACCUUCAUAUCUGAUGCUUCUUUCUUUGAACGGGACUUUUGAUCGCAAAUUUAUCCCGCUCCCCUAUUGGCCUGAUACUCUGCGUAUAGGGCGUCAAACUAAUAACAAGACCAUGCCGACCCAGAACAACGGUUAUUUCGAUUCAAAGGUGCUCUCCAGGCAGCAUGCGGAGAUCUGGGCGGAGAAGCCGAAUGGCAGGGUCUGGAUUCGCGACAUAAAAUCGUCCAACGGAACAUUUGUCAACGGACAGCGACUAUCACAAGAGAACCGGGACAGUGAGCCUCACGAACUUCGAGCGGAAGACGUUUUGGAACUUGGUAUAGACAUCGUUGGCGAAGACAACAAGACAAUUAUACACCACAAAGUGGCUGCAAGGGUUGAGCAUGCCGGUUUGCAAACUCCGAACGUUGGUAACUUCGACCUCAACUUUGGCGAUAUCGACCCCAUGAACAGCGUCUCCAUGAUGAACCCUCAGAAUAACUCUGUCCCUCCCCAGAAUGCUAGCAUUAGAGGGCGCUCCGGAUCCCAAGGGUCACGAUCUUCGGCAAUGGGCGGAGGACAAGCCAGCCACCGACAGCCUCAGAUGAUGAUCGCGCCAGUGACGAUGGAAAUGGUCGUCAAGAAGCUCAAUGUAAGCGAGUGCCUAAUAUUUAUACCCUCUAGGAACUUGGCUAAUUGUCCGCCACGCAGUAUGAGCUGCAAGCAGCAAAACAACAGUCUCAGGAUUUACAGCGGACUUCAGAAGUUUUUGAUUCUCUGCUAAAUUCCAGACCAAUUGCUGCAUUGGGACACAUCGCCCCCAGUGCAAAUCCAGCCCCCACAGAGCCCCUACCAGCUCCUCCGGUCCCAGUGCAUACAGGGCCGGCCCAGAAACGGGUUUCGGCACCGCCACUAAUUCCACCUUCCACGCAUGUUCAGGAGCAUUUGAGGGGCCAACAAGUAUACGAUAGCAGCAGGAACACGCCAAAACUUCGGUCGGAAAAGACCGAGGGACCGGAGCCUCCUCAGCAGCUGCAUGGGCUUGUGGGCGCACUGGAGGAAGCCCACCGAGAGCUACAGGCCAAGACGGUCCGUGUCAAAGAGCUCGAGGAGACGCUGAAAAGGGAGAGAAGCGCGAGAGAGGUAGCUGAGGUCCGCGCUGCACGACUCGAGAACGCCUCAAGAGCUGUCCGAGAAUCAUCCCGAGAGAGAGGUUUCAAGGAGUUUGACGCCGAAAAGAUACGCGCCGAUGAAACAAUCGGAUUAUCGGAUGAAGUCCAUGAGUUGCGAAAUGAGAAGCUGUUGGACGGGCAGCCGGAGGCAUUGGACGACGAGGAUAGGGAUAUCUACGAUGAUCAUACUGUGAGUGUCAAGGUUGAUCCAUCCGCUCAGGGGGCAGCGGAAGCGGCGGAGAGGUUGCAACGGCGUGUCGAGCAAAUGAUGGCGGAACUACAGUCGGCCAAGGAGGAGAUUGAACGGUACAAACGGCAAGCUGAAGUUGCAGAGCACGAAGGUGUUAAAUCGAAGAGGACACUCAGCGAGAUGGUGGAAAAGAUCCGCAAAGACGAGCAGGCCAGAAAGCUGCUACAUGAGAAGGAGGCUGCAAGUCAGACGGACUCAGUGGCAGUCAAGAACACAGGCAUCCAGGUCUUGAGUGGGGAUAUGGUGGAAUCAGGGGGUGAUUUCCAUUUGAACGGCGUUAUUAAACCUACUGGAGGUAAAGUAGCGCCUCUAAACGGCAGCAGAGGUUCUGGGCAGAUGGGUAGCAAACGAAGUAAGGAGAGCAACUUGACAAUAUCAAAACGGGAUGCAGCUCCCUAUGCUAGUAUCAUUGGGGUAAUGCUGAUCGGGGUCGGUUUGAUGGCUGUCUUGAACAGAUGGCAUAAGGUUGAGAGUUAGAAAAUUCUUGCGCAUUCCUCUUGGGAGAGUAUUCUUUGGGAGUUUGUUUUUCUUGAUACAUCUGAAUAACUUAUGCAUUUAAAAAAGUCUUGGGGGUUCAGAAGGAGCAGGAUUUGGGAACGUUCAGGCUCGAGAAGUCAAUCUCUUGUUUUUCUUUUUCUUUUCUCUUGUUUCUUGAUUAACCUGCACACUAUUGCCUUACAUGACAUAUCCACUUUUCCUUUUAUUGCCCACUGUAUUCGUACGUUUGUCCACUCACUGCACUUGACCUGUCCUUUUUCUUACAUUCUACCACACCCUGUUCGUUCUCUUUUUCACAUUUUUUUUCUCCUUUAUUACCCUCUAGCCAUCACCAGAGUCAUUUGUUUGUGCGACGAGCGGCGUUUUCCAUACCCCCCCUUCCCUUUCCUCCUCUUGGUUUCCUUCCCCCUGGUUUCCGUUUCUUCCUAGGGAUGGGGGGAGGGUUGGUUUGGAGGAAUGGACUAGCCUGGCUAUGUAAAAGUAGCCCAAGGGAGGAGUUUAUCUUGGGGAAAGGUGUCAUGCAUGGGCGAUUGGGUUAGAGCAUUGUUGGAAUAUUUCUUUCUCUUGUAUUUUUUUCUCCACUUCUAUGAUACUCGCUUAGUCGAUGUUUUGACUUAUCCCCUUUCAUCUUCCUUAUUCCAACUUCAAUUUUUUGUUUUUGUUUCUGGUUCCUACAAUUGUUCAUGUCCGGUAUAUUAUUAUGUGGGUGCUUCUCUUAUUUAUUUAUUUUAUUCUAUUCCUGGUUUUUCUGGUUCUCGGGGAUGGUUGGUGCGCAAUGUAAAGGUGAAAUGGUACAGGCGCGUAACUUAUAUACACACGUACUGUACAUAUGUGUUUCCCUCACUCAAUUAUUUGCCCAACUCACCUCUCUAACUCUCCCACCAGCAGGUCUGGUGGGAUAUCUUCGCGAGAUUUCUUCUCUAUGGAAGAGCAUCCCAAAGACUCAGCCAUUGCCUUAACAAAGCGAUCACCAACCUCCUCAACACUAACGCCUACCACGCCCUCCUUCACAAAACUAGUAGCCCCCUUCCCUUCUAGGCCACAUGCGACAAUCCUGUUGAACCACCAUAGAUCGGUAGAAAUAUUUAACCCAACCCCAAAACUACUCACAAACCUCCGCAUGUGCACACCCACCGCCCCAAUCUUCCUAUCCCCCGAAGUCCAAGCACCCGUAUCCUCCGUCGUGAAUGCACGAAUGCCCCACUGGGCACACGUCGCCACCAGCGCCCCUUCGAGAGCGCGCACAUAGCACCUGGGUGUCAAGCCGUGAUGUCGAAGAUCGGCAAUGACAUAGGCUGUGAGCUGGCCCGGGCCGUGGAAUGUGGUCAGUCCGCCGCGGGAGGUGUAGCGUAGCUCCGAGCCCCUAACUCGGAGGUAGGAUUCCUGCUCGGGGGUCAAGGGGGUUUGUGAUUCCCGUCGACCGAGGGUGUAU